UUCGACUUUCGAAGGAUGCAAAGACAACCGAUCAGAGCCUCCCGGCAUCUGCAAAAGGUCCCCUCGUAUAAAUACAAACCUUCCUUGAACCCAGGAAUUCAUAGUAACACCUACCACAGAAAGACAACAGACACGUUUUCAACCCACGACAAACCAUCUUCAACAGCUCUCUUUCUUUCCAUCUUCUGCAUCGAACAUCUCCCAUUUCUCUUAAGUCCCACCACACCUGAUGAACACCGGGGCCGCCACCAAAAUGUCCGGACUGCUGCUCAGGCAUUUUGGCCAGAGGGUGCUCUCGACAUCGGCCUGCCGGGGUCUCAUGCUCGAGGCAACAGCUAACUUGAGGCAUGCAGGUCCGGUCGGGGGGGUCCGGUACAAGAGCAGUCUGGCCACCGAUGCCGCAAAUGAUGAGAAGGGGGCGAACACCAAGGCCAUUACUAGCUACUGGGGGAUCGCUCCGGCGAGGAUCACCAAAGAGGACGGUUCGGCCUGGAAAUGGAACUGCUUCAGGCCAUGGGAGGCUUACACAGCAGAUGUUUCCAUUGAUGUGGAGAAGCACCAUAAACCAAACAAUCUGAUGGACAAGUUUGCUUACUGGACAGUUCAGACUCUCAAAAUCCCUGUUGGCCUCUUCUUUCAGAGGCGGCACAUGUGCCACGCGAUGCUGCUGGAGACAGUGGCCGCUGUACCGGGCAUGGUCGGCGGUAUGCUCCUGCACUGCAAGUCCCUCCGGCGGUUCGAGCACAGCGGCGGGUGGAUCAAGGCGCUCCUGGAGGAGGCCGAGAACGAGCGGAUGCACCUCAUGACCUUCUGCGAGAUCGCGGACCCCGCGUGGUACGAGCGCGCGCUCGUGUUCGCCGUCCAGGGCGUCUUCUUCAACGCCUACUUCUUGGCCUAUGUUGCGUCUCCAAAGCUGGCGCACAGGAUUGUUGGGUACUUGGAGGAAGAGGCUGUGAUCUCUUACACCGAGUUCCUCAAGGACUUGGACAACGGCAGUUUCGAGAACAGGCCCGCGCCGGCGAUCGCCAUCGAUUACUGGAGGUUGCCCAAGGACUCGACGCUGAGGGAUGUGAUCGUGGUGAUCAGAGCCGACGAGGCUCAUCACCGGGACCUCAACCACUAUGCAUCGGACAUACAAUGCCAAGGACAUGAGCUGAAGGUGGCCCCUGCUCCAAUCGGAUAUCAUUGAUUCAUACAAAAUACAUUUAUAUGAGAAGUUCCAUUAAUUGAUUGUAGACCAUCGUCUAUCACUAUUUGUUAUAAUGUAAAAUCUCUGGUAAUGUAAAAGAAAAAAAGAGGCAUUUAAGCCUACAUAUUGAAUGCAAGCAUGUACGUAUUGAAGCC